CCCUCGGCGGGCAGGCGGCCCGGGAUCGGCACCGGGAUCCGGACCGGGAUCGGUACUGGGAUCGGCACCGGGAUCGGCGCCGGGAUCGGGACGGGGAACGGCACCGGGAGCGGCCCCGCGAUGGGCGGGUGGCGGGAUAUGUCCGCGGAGGCGCUGGAGGACCAUUACUCUCCCAGUCGCUGGUCCCCCCGCCUGGACCGGGACACCAUCAUCGACGCGCACCUGGCGGUGACGGCGGCAGGAACCGAGCGGGCCCGGGCCAGCGGGCAGACCCUGCUGCACGUGCCCUACGGCGACGGGGACCGGGAGAAGCUGGACAUCUACUUUCCCACGGAGCCUUCUGAAACCUUCCCGGCGCUGGUCUACAUCCACGGCGGGUACUGGCAGAGCAUGAGUAAGGAAGACUCGGGGUUUGCAGCCCCCCCGCUGGUGUCGCAGGGGGUGGCAGUGGUGGCGGUGGGGUACGACAUAGCCCCUAAGGGCCGCAUGGACACCAUGGUGCUGCAGGUGCGCCGCAGCCUCGCCUUCCUGGUGCAGCAAUACCCCAGGAUCAGAGGCAUUUACCUGUGCGGACACUCGGCAGGGGCCCACCUGGCAGCCAUGGUGCUGUCCACAGACUGGACGGAAUUCCAAGUGGUGCCAGAUAUCAAAGGAGCGGUGCUGGUGAGCGGCCUGUAUGACCUGGAGCCCAUCCUGCACACCUACGUGAACGAUGCUCUGAACAUGAGCCGGGAGGUGGCCCAGAGGAACAGCCCCAUGAGACUUGUCACCCCAGCAGCACCAGCAGCCUGUGAGGUGCUCGUGGCUGUGGCCCAGCAUGACUCCCCAGAGUUUCGCAGGCAGUCCCAGGAGUACAGCCAGGCCCUGCGUGCAGCAGGCUGGUCUGUCUCUCUGCUGGACCUGGCUGGUGUGGAUCACUUUGAUGUCAUUGAGAGGCUGUCAGAGGACAGCUAUGUCCUCACUCAGGUGAUUCUGAACAUGAUUUCAAGAGCAUGAUGGCACCUCAGGAGUAAAGAGAUGGGGACCGUGGCCCUGUGUGGUGGCAGUGGGCAUCUGGUGUCCCCCUGCCUGCUGCCCCCUCAGUCUAACACAGGGCCAUGGCUGCUCAGACCCACACUGUGCCCUCUCUGCUCAGCCCAGCCCAGACUGGUGCCCCUUCCCUGCAGUGCUCCUGCCCGCUGGAGCAGAGGGGACUGAGGGCUGCAAGGCUCUGACUGGGCAGCUGGACCAUGAACUUUGUUCCCUCAGCGUCCUUUAAACUGCACAUUGGCAAUACAAAAUAAAAUGGGAAUUACUGCUGCCUGGGGUAGUGCUUCCCAGGGAGCCAGUGAGUGCACGCCUGAAGCAACUGCUGCUGAGAGAAUCCCUUCUUCCAGUGCAGAGUUCUGGGACUGGCUGGCCCAGAACGUGACAGGGGAGCCUGGGGAGCCCACCUGCUGCUGUGGGACAGAAUGACAUAAGCCUCUGUGAAUGGGAGUGACACAGCCAACUGGGCCAGGCUGGGCUCAUGCUCUGGGACAGACCUGGCCAGACACAAACCUUGGCACUGCUGUGCAGCAACCCUGGUCCUGUGGCUGAGAUGGUUCCGCGUCCUCAGGAGCAACUGUCCUUCCAUGGGGGCCUUGGCUGUGAUGAUGUCCCUGCUGCAGAGCAAGGAGAAGAGAGAAAACACCCUGCACAGCUACAGUACCACCAAAAGGUGUUUAUUUUGUGCACCGACUGCCUCAGGGGCUGCGCUAGGCUGGGCUCACACUGGUUUGUCAGGCUGCCUGUGAGGGCUGAUGCCAAUUUCAGAUGGCUGGGCACACAUCUGGAGCACAAAGGGGCUGGUCCCACUCCUCGCUCUGGGCUGCCCAACUGCUGCAGCCGCGGGGCUGGCAGAAUGCUCAGGCUCCCCCUGUGCCUGGAGGCGCUGGAUGCAGUCCCGAGGCCAAUUCCUCCUGGCACUUCCUGGCCACAAAUUCCAGCUUUCUCCUGGCGAGCUCGGUGUCACGGGCCGAGACAUCGCGGUGCCAGACGGCGCGCAGGCUCCGCGCCGACCAGGGGAGCAGCAGGACGCUGACGGCCUGCCCGGUCUCAGCCUCCUCCUCCUCGCUGACGGCGCGCAGGCGGUCGCAGAGCUCGGCGGGGGACGGCCAGGCCCCUUGGACAUCCACCAUCACAAUGUUGGUCUCCACUGCUGCCAGGCUGACG